AACCCACCCCGCUUAAAUUCUCUACUCUUUUUUAUUAGUCUCUCAUUCACAAUGCCAUCCCCACCAAAACCUUGGGAAUCGGCUAAUGCUGGUACAGCAACAAGCGCUAUAACCUCUCCAGCUACGGCUGCUGGUGUCUCAUCACUGGCAUCUGAUUUCAGCUCAACUCCUGAUAUACCUUCAAGACCUCAAUCACUCGCAGCUAAUAGACCAGCAGGCUAUGGAACUAACUCUGCAUACGGUGGUGGCUAUGGAGCUUCGACUGGAUUCGGCUCAUCGUAUUCCAGCCCAUACAAUCGAAUGGGCUCAAUGGGCUCAAUGGGCUCAUACGGCUCCUAUGGAUCUAGUUACGGAUCUGGCUAUGGCUCAUAUGGUGGUAUGAGUAGCAUGAGCUCGUAUUCACCAUAUAGUAGACUUGGUUCAUACGGUGGUAUGGGCUCUUAUGGGUCUGGUUAUGGUUCAUACGGUGGUGGAUAUUCUCCUUACAACCGUAUGGGCUACAACGGUAUGCCUGGUGGCCCCGAUGAAUUUUCUUUGACACAGCGAAUGGAAACCGGUACUCGGGCGACAUUUGAAGUGAUAGAGUCCAUUGUCGGUGCUUUCGGUGGAUUCGCACAGAUGCUCGAAUCUACUUUCAUGGCCACUCACUCAAGUUUUAUGGCCAUGGUUGGAGUUGCUGAACAGUUCGGAAACCUGAGAACUUACCUUGGUCAAGUUUUGAGCAUCUUUGCUCUUAUCCGAUGGGCUAAAAGUCUUUUCUACAAAGUUACUGGACGACAACCUCCAGCCAACCCACAAGAGUUGAAUGCCAACAGUUUCCAACAAUUCCAGGAAGCAACUCCUCAAAAGCUUUCUCGAAAGCCUUUCUUCAUCUUCCUUUUUGCUGUCGUUGGGCUUCCUUACUUGAUGCACAAGCUUAUUAAGCACAUCAGCGCCAAGCAGCAGCAACAGCAGCAAAUGUUCCUUCCAGAUGGUACGCCUAUGCAACAACCUAUGAAUGGCAUGAUGCCACAGCAGGAUCAAGUAGACCCACAAAAUCUGGAGUUUGCUCGCGCAAGCUAUGACUUCAAUGCUGAAUCUCCUAUGGAGUUAACUCUCAAGAAGGGAGAUAUUAUUGCUAUUUUGUCCAAGGUGGAUCCAGCUACUGGUGUGCAAAGUCAAUGGUGGCGAGGACGACUUCGAAACGGCACGAUGGGUCUGUUCCCUGCAAAUUAUGUAGAGAUCAUCCAAAAGGGUGCACCAAAUGCACAGCCAACCCUGUUUCUACUUAAAAUUGACCAUGGCUCUUGAAAGUAGGCAUUAGAUUAUAUGCCACAUACUACUUCAAACACUCUCCAAACCUAUCCUACUCGAAUAGCCAUUGUAAUAUAUCCCAUACAUCCUUUAUUAUUUCUUUGUUUCGUCUCUAUAAAACUCUCUUUUGGAUAUCUUCAAUACACAUUCUAUUUCUGGAUGCAUUUGAUAUAAUAUGCGUUUGGAUAAGUAAUCAAUCUGCCUCGCAUCUCAAGAAGUCAUUUAAGUGGUGUCAAAGAAUGAAAGUACAG